CAGCGCUGUUGUCCUUUUCCACAGCAAUGGCGCUGCCUCUGCGGUCCUUGAGCCGGGGCUUGGCGAGCACAGCCAAGGGAGAGCACCGAGGGGCAGGAGCCAGCACCUGGCGCCUCCUGACCUUCGUGCUCGCACUCCCGAGCGUGGCCCUCUGCACUCUCAAUUCCUGGCUCCACGCGGGCCACUGUGAGCGCCCCGAGUUCAAACCCUACCACCACCUCCGCAUCCGCACCAAGCCCUACUCCUGGGGUGACGGCAACCACACCCUGUUCCACAACCCGAGAGUCAACCCUCUUCCCACGGGCUACGAGCAACCCUGAAGCCCCGGAAGAACCCCCGGGCGCAAUAAAGGUGGUGGGGCCGGUAAGCUCCGACAACUCCGCGGCUGGCUGGCUCUGUGGGCGAGGUCGGAAGGCGCGUGCGCGGUCCUUGGUGGGCGUAGGGGCGCAUGCGCGUAGUGCGGUUGGCGUUCCUCGUGCGUCCCGAGGCGGUAGCUUUUCCCGCCUCCCUUACUUGGGAGGUGCUCGAGGGAACAAGAACGUCCUUCAUGAACAGGUAGGAGAUU